GGCGGGCGCCCGCAGACGUCAGGGACCCGCCGCGGGAGGCCGCCGCCGCUCGGCCGGGCUGCGCCGGGCUCCGCGCGCUUCGGGCCGCGCCGGGCAGGUCCUAGGUGGCGGCCCGGGCACGGCGCUCGCCGGCCGGACGGGAGGCCGGGGCCGAGCCGCAGGGCCGGAAGGGCCUCUCGGCGCCACGAUGAGCGUCACCUCCUGGUUCCUGGUGAGCAGCAGCGGCACCCGCCACCGGCUCCCGCGGGAGCUCAUCUUCGUGGGGCGCGAUGAGUGCGAGCUCAUGCUGCAGUCCCGCAGCGUGGACAAGCAGCACGCCGUCAUCAACUACGACCAGGACCGCGAUGAGCACUGGGUGAAGGACCUGGGCAGCCUCAAUGGGACGUUCGUGAACGAGGUGCGCAUCCCGGACCAGAAGUACGUCACGCUGAAGCUCAAUGACGUCAUCCGCUUCGGCUACGAUGCCAACAUGUACGUGCUGGAGCGUGUGCAGCACCGCGUGCCUGAGGAGGCGCUCAGGCACGAGAAGUACACCAGCCAGCUGCAGGUGAGCACCAAGGGGCCGGCGCCCAAGAGGGCCGAGGCGCUGCCGGAGCAGGCGCCGUACUGCGAGUCCUCCAGCUCCCGGCCGGAGCGUGACCGGAGGCCCGGCACAGAAACGGCCACCUACCGCACCCCCCUGUACGGGCAGCCCUCCUGGUGGGGGGAGGAUGACGCGGGCGCCCCGUCGGAGGACCGGCCGCCCGAGGGGCCGUACCCAGAGCGGCCCAAGGAGCUGGCUCCGCAGGACGGGGAGCUGGCCGGCACGCCGCCCGGCCUCCGGGCCCCCUCGGAGCCCCAGGGCUACGCCUUCCGCCGGGAGCCCAGCUACUUCGAGAUCCCCACGAAGGAGCCGCCGCCCCGGCCGCCCGAGGCGCCGGCCCACGAGGCGCCCACCAGGGACGUGGCGCCGGGCGGCGUGCCCGUGGUGCAGAGCCACGCCUCCUUCACCAUCGAGUUCGACGACGGCAGCCCGGGCAAGCUGAAGAUCAAGGACCACGUCACCAAGUUCUCGCUGCGCCAGCGGCGGCCGCCCGGCAGGGCCGCGCCUGGCGAGGCGGUCUCCGCCGAGACCAAGGUGGCCGACUGGCUGGUGCAGAACGACCCCAGCCUGCUGCGCCAGGCGGGCCCCGGCGAGGACCGCCACAGCGCCAAGAGCGACCUGCCCGUCCACGCCCGCACCCUGAAGGGCCACAAACACGAGGACGGCACGCAGAGCGACUCGGAGGACCCGGUGGCCAAGGCGGCGGCGGCGGCGGCGGCUGGGGUCCCCCUGGAGAACGGGGAGCAGGCGCGGCUGCAGAGGCAGAUCAAGCGAGACCCCCAGGAGCUGCUGCACAACCAGCAGGCCUUCGUCAUCGAGUUCUUCGACGAGGACACGCCCCGCAAGAAGCGCUCCCAGUCCUUCACGCACGCCCCGCCCGGGGACCCCAAGCUGGACAAGCGCCGCGGCCCCGGGCCCGCCGACAGCCGCGGGGGCGCCCCGGUCCCGGCCCUGUCCCGGGGGGCGGGCAGCAGCGCGGGGCCGCAGCGGGCCAGCUCGCUCAAGCGGGAGAAGACGGAGGAGCGGCUGGCUGGCCCCCCCACGCCCGCCCGGGCCUCCGCGCGCCCCUUCGGCUCUGUGGGGCGCCGCUCGCGCCUGGCCCAGGACUUCAUGGCCCAGUGUCUGCGGGACGGCUCGCCGGCCGCCCGCCCCAGCCACAGCCCCGGCCCCGGCCCCGGCCCCGGCCCCGCCCCCGAGAAGGUGGCCACGGCGCUGCCCGCCCCGCUGACGCCCCGCGGGGCCAGUCCCGUGGCCCUCUCGCCCCCGCCGCCCCCCGCGGACCCCCAGCUCACCAAGGCGGACCCCCAGCUCACCAAGGCGCGCCGGCAGGAGGAGGACGACAGCCUCAGCGAUGCGGGCACCUACACCAUCGAGACGGAGGCGCAGGACCGGGAGGUGGAGGAGGCCCGCAAGAUGAUCGACCAGGUGUUCGGGGUACUGGAGACGCCUGACCUGUCCAGGGCGUCCUCGGCCAUCUUCCGCCCAGUCAUCCGCGGGGACGGAGAGGAAGCCGGCGACGGGAUGGUCCAGCGGGUGUCCCUGCUGCAGGAGCUCACCUCCCGGCCGGUGGGCGUGGCCCCCCAGGGGGAGCUCCAGGACCCCCCAGUGCCAGGCUCCCCUGGAGGCCCAAAGUGGGUGUCCCGCUGGGCCAGCCUGGCUGACAGCUACUCGGACCCGGGUCUGGCUGAGGACGGCCCAGGCCGCAGAGCCGGGGAGCCGGAGGCGGCCGCGCCCGCGCGCCAGCGGCGGCUGCUCCCCGCGCUCCCCAGCGAGCGGGCGGGCAGCCCCGCCGGCCCCGAGGCCGCCAGGAGGAGUGGGCCGGGGCCCCCGGAGCCGGGCGGCGAGCCGGCCGGCCGCCUCCCGGGCCAGGAGGACGUGGAGCCCGACAGCCUCAGCGAUGCCAGCGGCUCGGACGGCCCCCCGGAGGGGCUGGUGUGGAGGCGGGGCCGGUGCUCCCCGAGGGCCACGGGGGAGCCGGCCCCCGGCGCGACGCCUGUGGCUCCGGGGGCGGCCGAGGGCCCGGGGCGGGCGGCCCAGCCCUGCGCCCCCGCCAGGGACGGCGUCUACGGCAGCGCCAGCGGCGGGAUGGCCCUCAGGCUGCAGACGGCCGGCCGGCCGCCCGAGCCCGAGGGCCCCGGCCCGGCCAGGGAGGCCGCGGCCUUCGUCCGGCAGGAGAGCUUCACCAAGGACCCGGCCCGCGGCCCCCCGGCGCCCGGCCAGCUCCCCACCAUCUCCAGCCACCCGCUCCUGCAGGACCUGGCCGCCGCCCGGGCCUCGCGCAUGGACGUCCACUCCCAGGACACCCAGCUGAUCCUGAAGGAGACCGAGACGGCCCUGGCGGCCCUGGAGGCCCGGCUGCUCUCCAAGUCCGCGGCCGAGGGCGAGGGCGCGGCGGGCGGCGCCCCGGGGCCGCCCGAGGACUCCCUGUCCGGCGACUCGGACGUGGACACGGCCAGCACCGUCAGCCUGCUCAGCGGCAAGAACGGGCCCAGCCCCACGAGCCCCCAGCUGCUGGGGCCGCAGCGGGAGAAGCCGCCAGCGCAGGGCCUGGGGGGCGGCCCCCCGAGCGGCGCCCGGGACUGGCUCUCGGAGAAGCCUCGCCGCCCGGCGGGCCAGACGGACGCGGGCCGCGGGGAGCCGGGGCGGCGCCUGGCCGUCCGGCGAGGCCAGGGGUCGCUGGACUGGCCGGACGAGGAGCGCGGCUCCGGCCUGGCCCGGGACGGCUCGGACACGGCCGCCUCGGACCAGGAGACGCCCGGGAUCACCAGGACGGGGCGGCCCGGGUCCCGCCGGAAGCCCGCGGCCCCGCCGCCCUCGCCGGCCGCCCGGGAGGAGCAGGGCCGCGUGUCGGCCAGCGCGCAGAAGGUGCAGCAGGCGCUGACCCGCUCCAACAGCCUGUCCACCCCGCGGCCCACACGCGCCUCCCGGCUGCGGCGGGCCCGGCUGGGCGACGCCUCGGACACGGAGGCCGCGGACGGCGAGCGGGGGGCCCCGGCCAACGGCCAGGAGCCGGCGGGCCGCCCGGCCGCCGAGCAGGCCCGGAAGCUCUCGCGCCUGGACAUCCUGGCCAUGCCCCGCAAGCGGGCGGGCUCCUUCACCGGGCCCGGCGAGGCCGAGGCCGCCCCCGCCCGCUCCGGCUUCUCCGGCCGCAGCGCCGAGCUGCCCUGCUCCAGCCGCAAGCCCACCAGGGCCGAGGCCCAGCCCGCCGCCCGGAGGACCGCCCCCGCCGCCCGCCAGCCCUUCAGCAGGGCCCGCCCGGGCAGCGCCCGCUUCUCCUCCCCCAGCGCGCGCCGCCGGCAGCAGGGCUCCGACUGCACGUCCACCUCGGAGGAGGAGUACGGCUCCCGCCACGGCUCCCCCAAACACACGCGCUCCCGUGCCUCAACAGCCACGCAGACGCCUCGGGCCGGCUCCCGGGCCCGGCCCCGGGGCCCCGGCCUCCGGGACACCGACGACGAGGAGGAGCCCAACCCCUACGGGUUCAUCGUGCAGCCGGCCGAGAUCGCCGAGAUCGCCAGGCUGAGCCAGACGCUGGUGAAGGACGUGGCCAUCCUCGCCCGGGAGAUCCACGACGUGGCGGGGGACGGCGACUCGCUGGGCCCCCCGGGGCCCACCCGCAGCUCCUCCCUCGGCAACAUGCCCAGCACCCCCGCCUCCACCAUCUCCGCCCGCGAGGAGCUGGUGCAGCGCAUCCCCGAGGCCAGCCUCAACUUCCAGAAGGUGCCGCCCGGCGCCCUGCUCUCCCGGGACCUGGACCAGAACAUGAACGACCGCCGUGAGGACGGCCUGGCCAACAGGACGCGGCCGCGGAACCGCGAGGAGGCGAUCUUCGACAACCUCCUGCUGAACCCCGUGUCCCAGCUGUCCCAGGCCAUCCGCGAGAACACGGAGCACCUGGCCGAGAAGAUGAAGAUCCUCUUCCAGAACUCGGGGCGCACGUGGGAGGACCUGGAGGCCCGCCUCAACGCCGAGAACGAGGUGCCCAUCCUGAAGACGUCCAACAAGGAGAUCAGCUCCAUCCUGAAGGAGCUGAGGCGAGUGCAGAAGCAGCUGGAAGUCAUCAACGCCAUCGUGGACCCCAGCGGGAACCUGGACCUGCUCACGGCGAGCCGGGGCGGCCCGGGCUCCGGCCUCGGGAAGGGUCGGCCGCCCGCCCAGAGCCCCGCCUCGCCGCCCGCGACCCUGGCCCUGAGGGCCUUCCCGCCGCGGCCGCCCUGCGGGUCCCCCGGCCUCCCGGACCCCGCCUUCCUGCCCGACUUCCUCCCGGACUCGGAGCGGUUCCUGAUCUAGUGGCCGGGCCCGCCCCCCGCCCCCCCCCCCGCCCCGCCCCUCCGGCUGCAGCCGGCUCACCGUGAACAUCCCACUCGUGCCAUAACCCACGGGCGGCGCCCCGGCCCUCAGCUCCCACCAGCACCCGCCCCACCUCCCCCGCCGCCUCCGGCCCAGCUCCCGCUGCGGCCGCUGCCAGGGCGGGGUCCGUCCGGGGUCAUCCAUGCCCGCUGCAUCGUCGUUCCUUUUGUCUUUCGUUUCGGAGGGAAGUUUGUCCAUGUCAGCGGCCUCCCCGCCUGCAGGGCCCGCGCCUCCCGGGCUGGAGCGGUGCCGGUCUGGCGUGUCCCAGGCGCGGCCGGGCCGGGGAGGGGCAUCGUGGGUCAUUCAGUGCCAAACAGGGAGCCGGAGGGCUGGGCCCGGGAGGCGGGGGUGCAGGCCAGGCAUGUGCACAGCUGCCCGGGGCCCAGCCGGGCAGGCACAUGGCUGAGAGUCGCUUCCCGCCUUCGGUGCCAACACAGCUGCCCACCCAAGUGUGCCGGCCGCCUCGAGGGGCACGCCUCCGCCUACACCUGCUCCCCACCAUCCCGGGCGCAUCUGCGGGUGCAGGGCCUGCCCAGAGGGGGUGCCGGGCCCCAGCUCCUGGUUCGUGGCCUCUGGGCCAGGGGGAGGCGGGAGCCGGGCUCCCGGGAGCUCCUGAGGCAGCGCGCCGCCCCGUCCCAAAUGCCAGGCAUGAGCGGGGCAUCUGCACUGGGCUUGGGCCCCACAGGCCCGGGAGCAGGUGGGUUUUCUCAGGAUCCUGUUGGCGGGAACACGCCAGGCGGCCCCUCUGGGGCUGUUUCUGGAGCCUCUAAGCCAAAGAGCCCGUGUGGGGGCGGGUGCCCCUGGCGCCUGCAUGCGUGUGGAUGGCUGGGACCCACCGUGGGAGGCCCUGCAGCUGCACGGAGGCCACGGGGGUCGUGGCUGUUUACACUGGGCGCCGGGCGUGGCGGGCGCCCCACAGGAUGUUUACGUGUGUGAGUGGCAGUGGGGUCCCUGCCUGGUGUCCCCCCAAGAGCCUGCGGAGUCCCUCAGAGGAGGAUCCAGUCCUGGUCCCACCCCGCAUGCCCCACGCCUGGCCCGCAGCCGCGGGGCACACGUGGUGGCCACGGACCCCGGCCCCUCGCCCUCCCACGCACACCCUCCCCGGGCCGCCGUGCACUUUUUAUCCGUAGACGCGUCCCCCCAGCCCGGCCCAGGCUCCGUAACGUGUGUGUCUGGCUCUGCGGAGGCUCCUCCGGUUUGUCCUCAGGUGGUCUGUGGGUGUCUUUUAGAAAACCGUUAUUUUAUAUGAUUUGUCAUGAAUUUGUUCUAAUAAAUCAUUCUAUCACGUGGCA